GAGAGGGUGAGGCGCGAGGAAAUACCAACGCUGAGAAUCAGUAGGGGCGGGUAGGGGACGCUGUAGCUGGGCCAUUGAAUGGGAGCCCCUGGGCCUGAAGGUUUUUUUGUCAGGCGGUACUGCACUCCCCCGAAAUAGAGGGGAUGAAGGGCGGGGAUGCUCUACCAUAGGUAGUCUGGCGACCAGCAGUUACCUCCGGAGGAGAGGCGUGGCCAGAGGGGGCGAGGUUCUGGGAAGAGGUCUCUUAGGAAGAGCCCCUGCCCGGAUGGCAGCAGUAGUUCUAGGGGGAGACACCAUGGGCCCUGAGCGUAUCUUCCCCAAUCAGACUGAGGACUUAGGGCCACAUCAGGGUCCUACAGAAGGAACUGGAGAUUGGAGCAGUGAAGAACCCGAGGAAGAGCAGGAGGAAACAGGAGCAGGCCCAGCAGGCUACUCGUACCAGCCCCUCAAUCAAGACCCUGAACAAGAAGAGGUGGAACUGGCACCAGUGGGUGAGGGAGAAGAUGGAGCUGCUGACAUCCAAGAUCGAAUCCAGGCCCUGGGGCUUCAUUUGCCAGAUCCACCAUUGGAGAGUGAGGAUGAAGAUGAGGAGGGAGCUGCAGCAUUGAGCAGCCACGGCUCUAUCCCCAUGGACCCAGAACACGUAGAGCUGGUGAAAAGGACGAUGGCUGGAGUAAGCCUGCCUGCACCAGGGGUUCCUGCCUGGGCUCGGGAGAUAUCGGAUGCUCAGUGGGAAGAUGUGGUACAGAAAGCCCUCCAAGCCCGGCAGGCAUCCCCUGCCUGGAAGUGACCACACAGAGAGAGCUGCCUUAUCUCCCCACAUUCCAAGCCAGGACCAGCACAGGACUAACAACUCUGGUUUUAACAGCCUUCUUCUUCCCAUGUCCCUUUCACACCAAGGCGAAUCAGACCUCUCAGAGACCCACUUUAUUCAGUUCUGUACAUAUGGGGACAUCGGCCCAAGCCCAGCCCACCUUAGCAUGUAUCACUCUGUGGAGAAUAAAGCACCCUAUGUACACAGCCAAAA